GCAUGACCGAUUGCGGCAAGCCACAGGAGCUGCUUCCCAGGAUUGUUGGCGGUGAAGAGUACACCGAGUAUAAACACCCUUGGCUUGUGGCCAUCUUUGACGAAUACAGCGCCUUCAUCUGCGUGGGUAGUCUGGUAUCACGGAGCCAUGUUCUGACCGCUGCUCACUGUUGCGACGGUCAAAAGGGCCUCAGCGUCAAGACGGGAGUCCAUCGUCUCACCGAUGGUCCACUUCAGGCGGUCCAGCGCUGUCACAUGCACCCACACUACAGGAAGCGCAACCUCGUCAAUGACAUCGCCCUUAUAGAGCUCACAGUGAGCGUGAACUACAAUGAGUUCCAGAGGCCCAUAUGCCUUCCCCUCGGCGCCAAAGACAUGGUGGGAAAGGAUGGAAUCAUAGCCGGAUGGGGCCGGGAGUCUUACGGCGGUCGAGACAGACAGACGCCCAAAGAAGCCAACGUUCCAUUCGUCGCCCAGUCCGAGUGCACGACGAAAUACGGUGCCAUCAUUCUCGAGUCGAACAUCUGUGCCGGUGGUGACGUUGAAGACGCCUGCCAGGGUGACAGCGGAGGCCCGCUUAUGUCCCCUGUGCACGUUCCGAGCCGGGUGGUCCAGAUGGGCAUUGUCUCGACGGGAAUCGGAUGUGGUCGCAAGGGACACCCCGGCAUCUACACCAGAGUCACUUCAUACCAUGACUUUGUCUACAACAUAACUCGCCAGCAGUGGUGCACGGUCUAGACGCGGCGUUGAUGAACAUUGUGGGGGCGCCCAAAUACCAGUCACAAAUCGUGGUGCGGAAGGAAGACGCUGCACUUACCACUGCUCACCUCAUGACGCUUUUGAAAGCACAGACAGUGAAACCAGAAAGCUGUCUUUCCAGAAAAAGUAGGCGCUCAAGGAAUGCCACGCAUACUCUCAUCGCAAUAAAUCUAUCAUGGCCAGUGA